CGUAUUUUCUAGGAAGGAAGGAACACAGCUGCGCCGACCGAGACGACCUGUCCCUGACCACCGCCAGUCACUGCGUGCCACUGACAAAACAGGUUUCCCAGUCCUGUGCUCUCCCUUGUCACACACCCUACCUCUAACCGUGUCAACAGCAAGAAGAUUGCACUCUUGAAAUAUUAGCCUAUUUAUGUUCUCUCCCCGUUGAGGCAGAUAGUCUUUCUGGUUUUACUGCUGAAGUGUAGACUGGGAGGGAUGUGACUUGACGGGCCCGUCUAGAAUGGAACGACACUGUUUGGGUUUCGCCUGGCUUACGUCAGUGGCUGCCUUCUCUUCAUGGCGAGUGAUACUGGUUUUUCUAUUCAAGGUAGUAAAGUUUCAUUUUAAAACCAAUUCCAGUGAAAUUCAAGUGUUAAGUUAUAAUACUGACGAUGCCAGAUAUGUCAAAAAAUACCUGAAGUUGAGAAAUUGUUUAGGUAGUGUGAAAAAGACUGAAUUUGGGGGAAUGUGGCCUUAAGCAAAAAAGGUCACGGACAGCCUCAGAAUUUGCAGAUGGCCAUGCGUUCGCGGCAGUAACAGAAUGACUCUAAGCCUCCAAGUAUUGCACAGAAAUUCGUUGACAGAAAGCAGAGACUUCUUCGCCAUAGUGUGUGUGGACCCCUGAACAUGACCGAGGGCAUGUAAAUGAUGCAUUUCUCAACAGAUACCUACAGAGACCGCUAACGCAAGGACCAGAAAAGCUCUCAGACCCGAGCCAUCCCCAAAUGCCUUGCAAUUCAUCUCAAAGUUGAUAUUAAAUUCCUACCAUCCUGACAGAUGGUAUCUGUUCCUCUGGAGUUAUAUUUCUUUUGCCUGAGUUGGCCAACUGAUACUCGUAUCCAGGUCAUAAAUAAAAUAAGGUAAUAGCCAAUACAAUAUUAAAAUAUAACUGGAUUUUCACGUAGAAUGCCUGAUCAAAGGAGAACUUUGUCAGACGCACCAACUAGAGAAAGUGGUGGAGCAGGUUUUUGAACCUCUGGACUAACUGCAGUUGACUAGGAAAGACUUGCCACGACCAGAUUCCCGGGCUGGGCUCAUAGCACACAUAACUCUUCAUGAUUCAGGAGAUAAGAAAAUAGCAGAUCUGGGGCUGCUGCUAUCUGGUGAUGGACCCAGAAGCGACGCCAGUCUAUUUGGAUUAUUUCGAGGCUACAAGCGACAAUCCUGAUGUCGAGGCCGCCCACUCGCACAGUCCUUACACGUCUGUCUUCCUUCCCAUCUUCUACACGGCCGUGUUCGUGGCCGGAGUGCUGGGGAACCUCGUGCUCAUCGCUGCCCUGCACUUCAAGCGGGGCAGCCGAAGACUGAUUGACAUCUUCAUCACCAACCUGGCGGUGUCGGACUUCGUCUUCCUUGUCACGUUGCCCCUGUGGGUGGAUAAGGAAGCAUCCUUCGGGCUGUGGAGGACAGGCGCCUUCCUGUGCAAAGGCAGCUCCUACACCAUCUCCGUGAACAUGCACUGCAGCGUCUUCCUGCUCACCUGCAUGAGCCUCGACCGCUACCUGGCCAUCGUGCGGCCCGCCACGUCCAGGAAGCUCCGGCGGAGAGACUGCGCGCACGCCGCCUGCGCCCUUGUGUGGCUGGCCUCCUGCCUGCUGGCCUUGCCCACCGUCCUGUCCAGGGAACUCACCCUGAUCGAAGAAAAGCCAUACUGUGCAGAGAAGAGGGCCACUUCCACGAAACUGACCUGGGCCCUGGUGGCCCUAGUUUUGACCUUCUUUGUCCCCCUGGUGAGCAUUGUCACCUGCUACUGUUGCAUCGUGAGGAAGCUGUGUGCCCAUUACCAGCAGUCGGGAAAGCACAACAAAAAGCUGAGGAAAUCCAUAAAGAUCAUCUUCAUUGUCGUGGCGGCCUUUGUGCUCUCCUGGCUGCCCUUCAAUACUUUCAAGCUCCUGGCCAUCGUGUCUGGCUUGCAGCAGGAAGUCUACUUUUCCUCAGCUUUUCUCCAGCUGGGCAUGGAGGUGAGUGGGCCUUUGGCGUUUGCCAACAGCUGUGUCAACCCUGUCAUUUACUAUGUCUUUGACAGCUACAUCCGUCGGGCCAUCGUGCGCUGCCUGUGCCCUUGCGUCAAGAACUAUGACUUUGGGAGCAGCAGUGAGACAUUAGACAGUCACCUCACUAAGGCUCUCUCCAACUUCAUUCACGUAGAGGAUUUUACCAGAAGGAGGAAGAGGUCUGUGUCACUCUAGCUGACUGUGACAAUUUAAGCUCUGUUGGUGGAUUGGACAGUUAAUUCGUAUCGGCAACAAAGAAAGGGGGAAGUAUUGCUGAUGCUACUCAUGUUGCCUGGUAAACACAGGGAAGGGUUCAUUUUUAAAGCAAUGACUGAAAAGCCCUGCGUUCAUGGAUAUAAUUGGAUCAUAUGCUGGUUUGGGGUUUUUGUUUGUUUGGGGUUUUUUUUAGAGCGGCCUUCUUUGACUCUCGUCAAUCGUAAAAUACACGUAAAAUACGACUCCUAGGGUCCUUGAGUUCUGGCCGAAAACUCCUUUCUUCACAAUUGCCUGUGCACAUUCAGGCCUUUUCCUCUCCCAAGAACCAUGGUACCUUGAUCCACUCCACCCUUCACAUCAGGCUCCUAUUGGACUACAUCUGAAAGAUUCUCCCGAUUUUCAUCUGAUGAGAAUUGUGGUGACAACGCAGGUAGCAAAAACUGUACCUGUGGCCUGUAGUGAAUUGUUACUGAGUAACAAAGUAAG